AUCAUCAAGCUUAAGUUUACAAUAUUGGUAUCAGAGCCAUCUCUCAAACGAGAAUUUCCAAAACCCAUGGUGUCCUCCAGCAACAGCACCCCUGUAUCCGGUGAAACAACUCCCAAUUUCGCUGCCACAUUACUCACUCCAUCCAACCGAGGGCCGAUCUCUUUCAAUGCUGGCGCCUUCCCUCUCAAGCUCACCCCGAACAACUACCCAUCCUGCGGCCUUCCCUCCCUCUCAAAUAUUGGAGACCGUGUUGCCGUCGGAACCUACUUCUGCAUCCUUGGUACUUCCAAUCAACUUGUUCUCCAAACGCCAUCACCCAGCCCAAAUUCCCCCUCUCCACACACACCGCCAAGCCUGUCCUCCUCUUCGCCCUUGGCCCACUCCAGCUCAUCCAGUCCUCCAAGCCCACCCUUAGCCCCACCCCUGGCCCCACCCCAACCUCUUAGAACACAUUCUAUGGUUACUCGGGCCCAAAACAACAUUUUCAAACUCAAACAGCUCUUUCACACCAUUCCUACCCCUGUUACCACCUCCUUAGAACCCACAUGUGUGUCCCAAGCCUUGAAAGAACCUAUUUGGAGACAAGCCAUGUUUGAAGAGUUUACUGCACUAGUUUGGCAAGGUACUUGGGAAUUGGUGCCCUUGAAUGCUAGUCAACAUCUUAUUGGUUGUAAGUGGGAUUUUCGUGUUAAACGGGAUAAAGAUGGCAGUAUUGAGUGCUAUAAGGCACGUCUCGUGGCUAAAGGGAACAACUCGAAUCUAAUUCGCUCUCUUGUGCAAAAAAUGGAGCAAUGCUUCUCUCUCAAAGAUCUUGGCCCUCUCACUUUCUUUUUGGGCAUUGAGGCUAUUCCUACAUCUACCGGGUUAUUGCUUUCUCAACACAAGAACAUCCUUGAUAUCCUUCGUCGAGCGAACAUGGAUGUUGUGAAGCUAGUUUCCAUGCCGCUUCCUUCCUCAGCCCAUCUAAGCUCUUCAGCAGGUUUGGCUCUCUUUGAUAGCUCUGACUAUUGUCAUAUCCUUGGUUCUCUUCGAUAUCUCACUCUCACUCGUCUAGACAUUUCCUUUGUUGUCAACCGGCUAUCAUAGUACAUGCAUCGGCCCACUAAUCUUCAUUGGCAAGCCUUGAAACAUGUUCUUUGAAGGAGGUAAAAUUUGCAACCAUCUCACAAAAGGAAAUCAAAUCCCAGUCUUAGUGUAAAUAAUAUAUAUUAUAUGUAUCUUGUACUUAAUUGAAGUUUCCUUAUUUUGUAGAUUAGAUGACUGUGUGUACUCUAUAUAUUGCUCUGUAUAUGCUCAAUAAAAUCAUCAAGCUUAAGUUUACAGUAUGUAUUUGUUAAUUUUCCUUUGUUUUUGUUGAAUUUUACAUGGGUCAAGCAAAACCUACAUACAAUCAACCAUGAUAUUAUUG